GCUUAGCUGUUUUGUCUACUUUUCUGAUUUUCGUCUAUAUGUAACUAUGCUAAUUGAUGUCGUCGUCUAGCUUGGCUAGAUCAGUGUUUAGUGUUAUAAAAGGCGAGUCGUUUGGCGCAAAUCAUUAAGUUUGUUAGCUGAUUUCAAACAGUUCGGACAAGCAGCGACAUGAGGAUCUUCAUUGUGCUCAGCAUUAUUCUGGCCGUGGUGGCUGCAGCACCACAGUUCCGCGGAGGCGCUGCUAAUGCCAAUGCUGAUGCUAGCGCUCAGGCAGAAGGUGGCCACAAUGGACCAGGCUUUGGCAAAGGUCCGGGUCGCCCUGGUGGCUUUAAUGGUGGAGGUUUUGGCGGUCCUGAAGGUCCAGGCGGCUUCGGCGGUCCAGGCGGCUUCGGCGGUCCAGGCGGCUUCGGCGGUCCAGGCGGCUUCGGCGGCCAAGGUGGUUUCGGAGGUGGUAGCUCUAGUGCCAAUGCCAAUUCCGAGGCAAGUGCAACUUCUAAUGGCGGUGGUCGCUUCGGUGGUGGCGGCAGCUCCAGUGCCAGCGCUUCCUCUUCAUCCAAUGCCAGCUCCAACGGUCGUUUCGGUGGCAACGCAAGUGCUUCCUCUAGCUCCAAUGCCUCGGCCAACAAUGGCGGUAACGCCAAUGCCUCAUCCAGUUCCGUUGCCAAUGCACGCGGUUGAACCCAAGCGAAUUGAUAUGCGAUAAGCC